AGCAACAGAUCACUCCUACCACCAAUCGACUCCCCAACUCUCAUAUGAGCGGCAGUUGACGCGUCUCCCCCGGCGUGGUUCCCCGUGUGUUGCUGAGCUUCUCCCCGGGCCAUCAUGCCCGUCCUGGGCAGCCCAUUAUGUGCCGCCGCCCUGCUGGCUUUCGUGGUUAGCUCCGUGUCGGUGUCGCUCCUCAUCAGGAGUUUACAGCUGGGGGCGAAUAAAGGAAACGUGACCAAGGGAACCGCGGAGGACCAGGAUCUCAACUGGCGACGGAGUGCGCUGCUGCAUCAACUCAAUGAGAGACGCAAGGAGAUUAUUCCAUUGCUUUCGGCUCGCGGCAGUGAGAAGAAAAUGUUGGCGGAAUCUCGGUAUUUCCAGCAGCAUCAGUCCUUCAGCGCAAUGUUUGACUACAAUCUGUGGAACGAGAUCACGGAUGGAUCUAGACGAAUGCUCAUGGAUGAGAUGGAUUGUGAUUCCCUGGUCGGCGUGCAAACCGGGAACGUCCUGGGCUCCGGAUACACGAAGCUGGUUCUCAAAGUAGUUCUGCGCGAAGACCAACCGGUGGCGUUAAAGUUCGUCAACGAGCAGGGGAACGACAUGGAGAAGUGUCUGCAGGACUUCGGUGACCCACGGGGGUGCCUCGAACUCGUGGCGUACAAACUUAAAAAAGAAAUAGUGCUGCUGCAGAGACUGAAGCACCCAAAUAUCAUCAAGCUUAGAGGACACUGUAUGGAGGAACCAGGACAAGGAUUAGAGAGAGACGGAGGAGGAGGAGGAGGAGGAGGAAGAGUCACUGCCAUCCUGGAGCAAGGCUAUCCCCUCCAGAUGAUCCAGCUGCUGCAAAGCCCCUGGGAGGAGCGCUUCAGGGUGUGCCUGGGCCUGGUGCGCCUGCUCCACUUCCUGUCCCGCUCGCCUCUGGGCUCGGUGGGGCUGCUUGACUUCCAGCCGCGUCAGUUCGUCCUGGUGUCCGGCGAGCUGAAGCUCACGGACCUGGACGACGCCAGCGUGGAGGAGACCCCCUGCCGCUCGGACCGCGACUGCCUGCUGCAGUUCCCCCACAGGAACUUCACGCUGCCCUGCUCGGCGGCCGGGCUCUGCCGGGAUCUCAACCAGAAGAGGAACCUCUACAACGCCUACCGGUAUUUCUUCACCUACCUCCUGCCUCACCAGGCCCCGCCCGGCCUCACACACCUGGUGGACCACAUCAUGAACUCCACAGGGGAGCUGAGAGCUGACAUCAACCAGACACUGGGCUCCUUUGAAGAGAUUCUCCUGCUCUACAAGUCUGGCCUGCACCUGGACAACCUGCCACCAUCAAUAAUCAGAGACUACACGGUGAUGCGGGGCCUGGCCACCGCCGGGGACGUGGAGUACCGCUGCUGGCCGUCCUUCAGCCCGCGCGGCUGCGUCCUGGCCGUGCACAGCGCCCUGGAGGGCAUGGCUCUGUGCAGCGCCCACCCCCAGUGCACCAGCUUCAGCCUGAGCGGGGAGACCACCUGGAGCGGUCACCUCUUGGCCUCCUUCAGGAGCGGCUUCAGCCACCUGCUGCCCGACGGCCGGUCGGAGGUGUACCUGAGGAGAGCCAAGGCUUCUGAACCGUCAGGGGUCUGAUACCACGGCCCCCCCCCCCCCAGACCCCUUUUUAUCAGGAGCCCCCCGGUGUUUAUCAUAACGGACCAUGAAGAGGAGGAGGUGGAGCCGCAGGGGGCCUGGGCCCUGGGGGGGGGGGGGGGGCACGGAGCAGAGAUAGAAAUGCUAACGCAUGCUGAUAUCACCUCAGGGCAUGCGGACCAGUCAUGCACCACUUCUCCCUGACCCCACCGCCGCCACCACCCCCAGCACCACCACCACCACCCGCCUCCCAGUCCUGUUAAUGGAGCUUAAUGACUACAGGAAGGACCUGGUUGUGUGGGGUCACGGCUGGGGUUGGCUGGUGGAGACGGAGGGGGAUGGGUGGAGGGUGAGGCAGGAGAACCUGAUGUAUGUGCAGCUCUUCUGCUCGGGUCUCGAUGUGUCGGCCAGCUCACGGACUCUUGAGACGACCGUUUUAGGGGUUCCCUUCAGGUGCCUCGCAGGAGAGCAGCGGCCGCCUGCUGCCGGGGGUCUCCAGCUCGUCUGUCAGUGGCGUCUGCUGGUUCUUAGAGAGGCGGGCCCCUGUAGUAACGGCCGGGAAGCAACUAAACCAAACAAUAAGGACCUGAACCGGGGUCCCGGGAGCGGCAGGCGGAGCGGGUUCGUAUGGUAACACUCUGAUGUUAAACGGCAGUUUUCCGCUCCUUACUCGGUUUACCGGCGUUGAACUGGGCUGAGUCACCAAAGAAACGUUUCUACGGAAACUAUGAUUUAUACCAUUCCUGAAAUAUGUUCUUACUUCUUGCUACUAUUUUCCGAUUUUGUCUUUCACAAAUAUUUAUGACGGCUUUUUUUAUGCAUUUUCCGUGCAUUUUAGUAAUUGAGCACCUUGUGGGUGUAACUGUUGUUUUCAGUGAAAAAUGAUGCGCUUAAUAGAUUUUUUUUAUAAACAUAAAUCAUUGCUUUUGUUUUUACAUUGUGUAAUUUUUUUUAUCAUUGUAUAAAUUGAUCAUUAUA